CAGGUGAGGCGAACGCUCUGCCAGCUGCUGGGUGGCAGGAAGUGGAUGUGUCCCAGCUGGCGCCGGGUCCCGCCCUGCCACCUCGCCGGCUGGAGCCCUCGUGCCCUGCACCCCGGGGCACCCAUCGCAAGCGCCCGCGGGCUGGUGGGCACCUCUAGCCUCACAGAGCCAGACCCAAGCCUGGGAGAGACGAGGCUCCGAUCUGGUCCCUGGUGCAGCCAGGGCAGCUGCGGUGGAGCCGCGGCUCCGGGCCCCGGGCCCUCGCUCCCCGUCCACGCGGGGCAGCUCCUCAGCUAUUUACCUGUCCUCAAAGAAAGCAUAAGGCCUCCUUUCUUCUGAGCGAAUCAGCGCCACGGCCGGGCAGAGCCGGCACCCGGAGAUGCAAAGGCUGGACGCGCCGGUCCCUCGCUUCAAAGGGAAGCAACGCAAUUGAGAGGUGCAGGGGGGACCCAGCCAGGCUCCAGGGAAGGCCCCUGCUCUGACUGUGCCUUGUGCUGCAGGGGUUAGUCCACAGCGCCAGCCACCCACCUGCGGCCCACGCCUGCCGGGCUGCAGCCGAAGGCGACGCGCCGGGAGCUCUGGAUGUUGCUGCCGUGGUGGGAGCGGGCACCGGGGGCCAAUCCCUGGGGCAGCGAAGGCGGGCGGCUGUCCCCGCUCAGAGCACGGAAGCAUGUCCCAGCAGCACGCAGCCACCUAGGCCGGCCGGCACGGCGGAGGGCCCAGGAUGGAGGCUGGGCACAAGGCGCUGCCUGGCGAGGAGGCCGGGGAUGGGCCGGAGGACGGCGACGGGGGGUGGAACCACAAAGCCAACCCCUUCUGGACGGCUGUCUUCGACUACGAGGCGGCGGCGGAAGAGGAGCUGACGCUGCGGCGCGGCGACCUGGUGGAGGUUCUCUCCCAGGACUCCACCGUGUCGGGAGACGAGGGCUGGUGGACGGGGAAAAUCGAGGACAGGGUGGGUGUCUUCCCCUGUGACUACGUGGCCAGCAGCCCCCCGGGUGGUCCCUACCCUCUGCCGCUGGAGAUCUCCUUCCAGGAGCUGCUGCUGGACGAGAUCAUCGGGGUGGGGGGCUUCGGGAAGGUCUACAAGGGCGUGUGGCGGGGGGAGGAGGUGGCGGUGAAGGCGGCGCGCCAGGACCCCGACGAGGACAUCAGCACCACAGCCGAGAGCGUCCGGCAGGAGGCCCGGCUGUUCUGCAUGCUGCACCAUCCCAACAUCAUCGCCCUGAAGGCCGUGUGCCUCCAGCCCCCCAACCUGUGCCUGGUGAUGGAGUACGCCCGGGGCGGCGCCCUCAACCGAGCACUGGCCGGCAGGAAGGUGCCACCCCACGUGCUGGUGAACUGGGCCGUGCAGAUCGCCCGCGGCAUGAACUACCUGCACAACGAGGCCGUGGUGCCCAUCAUCCACCGCGACCUGAAAUCCAUCAACGUCCUGAUCCUGGAGAAGAUGGAGGCCGGGGAGCUGGGCGGCCGCACGCUGAAGAUCACGGACUUCGGGCUGGCGCGCGAGUGGCACAAGACGACCAAGAUGAGCGCGGCCGGCACCUACGCCUGGAUGGCGCCCGAAGUCAUCCGGCUCUCGCGCUUCUCCAAGAGCAGCGACGUCUGGAGUUUCGGGGUGCUGCUGUGGGAGCUGCUGACCGGGGAGGUGCCGUACCGGGAGAUCGACGCGCUGGCCGUGGCCUAUGGCGUGGCCAUGAACAAGCUGACGCUGCCCAUUCCCUCCACCUGCCCCGAGCCCUUCGCCCGCCUGCUGGCAGGUGAGUGCCCGGGGGGGACGGGGUGUGGCUGGGGGGGCUCGCACCAGGAGGGGGGGCUCCAGGGGUGCCCCGGGGCCCGGCUGACUCUCUCUCCCGCCGCAGAGUGCUGGGACCCCGACCCCCACGCCCGGCCGCCCUUCGGGAGCAUCCUGGGGCGGCUGGUGGCCAUCGAGCACUCGGCCAUGUUCUCCAUGGCCCUGGACGCCUUCCACUCACUGCAGGACGACUGGAAGCUGGAGAUCCAGCAGAUGUUCUGUGAGCUGCGCGCGAAGGAAAAGGAGCUGCGGAGCCGGGAGGAGGAGCUGCUGCGGGCGGCGCAGGAGCAGAAGACACAGGAGGAGGAGCUGCGGCGGCGCGAGCAGGAGCUGGCCGCCCGCGAGAUCGACAUCGUCCAGCGCGAGCUGCACCUGCUCAUGGACCAGCUGGGCCAGGAGCGGCCCCGGGUCAAGGGGCGCAAGGGCCACUUCAAACGCAGCCGCCUCAAGCUGCGCGACGGGAACCGCAUCAGCCUGCCCUCAGGCUUCCAACACAAGAUCACGGUGCAGGCGUCUCCCACCCUGGACAAGCGGAAAGGCCCAGGAGCCAACGGCACCAGCCCCCCCGUGAGCCCCAUCAUCAUUCCCCGUCUGCGGGCCAUCCGCUUGACGCCUGUGGCCGGCAGCCAGACGUGGGGCCGCAGCGCGGGGCUGAAGAAGGAGGAGCUGGCGGGGAACAAGAAGAAGGGGCGCACGUGGGGGCCCAGCUCCACGCUGCAGAAGGAGCGGCUCGGCGGGGAGGAGCGGCUGAAGGCUCUGGGCGAGGGCAGCAAGCAGUGGUCGUCCAGCGCCCCCAACCUCGGCAAGUCCCCGAAACGCGCCCCCAUGACGGGGGGUUUCGCCAGCCUGACGGAGAUGGAGGAGUACGCGGAGGCGGAGGGCAGCGCCCCCCAGUCCCCGGCUGAGCUGCCCCCCAGCACCGAGGGCCCGCGGGGGGCCGGGCCCCACAAGCGCAGCGCCGUGGCUCUCCUGGGCUGCGCCUCCGUCCUGGCUGCGGUGGCGCUGGGCAGCGACCUGCUGGAGCUGGGCCUGGGGCCGGCGGGGGCCGUGCCCGCGGGGGGGCCGCGCCCGGGGGCACCCGGGGCCCCCCAGCUCCGUCACGCUGCUGUCGCUCUCCUCCCUCUCCGACUGCAACUCCACCAAGUCCCUGCUGCCCUCGGACGAGGAGCCGCCCCCCGGACCCCCGGCCCUCGGCGCCCCCCCCGCCCACAACCCCUGCUGGACCUCCGGGCCGAGAGCUUCAAGAGGACCCGCGCCAGUCGCUGACGCCCACCCACGUGCCGGCCGCCCGGGCGCUGACCCGCGGGCACCGCGAACGCCCUCGGACGGGGCCCUGCGCCCGCCCGGCCAGCAGGGG